CUUUAACUUCAUAAUGUUCGAUACUAACAACUCACAUUCCCUAGUUUUCUCCAAAUUUUAAUCUCUAUAAUAUCCUAUUAACUCCAAUCUUGCAAUUUCCCCCAAAUUCUUCAAGAUUUGCUCUAUUAUGGGUUCUCUUUCUCCUCAGCAAGAACAGAAUCAUUGCAUUUACGCGUCGUUUUGCCGUAGAGACACCAAUUAUACGUCGAACUGGUUAGAGUGUUACGAUUCUUCAAUUAAUGCAUGGCACCAUGUCGGUAAAAUUCCCGGUCUGAUUCAUAAUCAUGUGCUCAAAGAUUUUUCCAUGGUCACAAUUGCUGACUCAGUUUACGUAAUCGGUGGCAGACUUUGCCGUAAGUUGCCAGCUGGUGGUAGUGUUCAAGAUGAAGUGGACGUUGAAGUACAAUCAUCGGUACUAUGUUAUAAUACACGUGGCAAUGAAUGGUCAAAAUGCGCAUCGUUAGGUAUUCCGAGGUUCGAUUUUGCUUGUACAGUGAGUGGCGAUAAAAUCUAUGUGGCGGGUGGGAAGAGUGAGCUUGAUUGUCCGCGUGGAAUUUCGUCCGCUGAGGUGUAUGAUCCCACCCUUGAUGAGUGGAAGCCGCUGCCUGAUAUGAGUACAUUUAGGUACAAAUGUGUCGGAGUGACAUGGCAAGGGAAAAUUCAUGUGGUAGGAGGUUUUGCUUGGGGAGGUGAGUCCAACAGGGAAGCGCCGUGGCACACACUAGAAAGAAGUUCUGCUGAGGUGUACGAUUCGGAGCGGGACAAGUGGGAUGUUAUGUUAGGGAUGUGGAAACUAGAUGUGCCACCUAAUCAAAUAGUGGCAGUGAAUGGAACUUUAUUCAGCUCUGGUGAUUGCUUAAAUGCUUGGAAAGGUCAUAUUGAAUUAUAUGAUAAGAAACUGAAUAUGUGGAAUGAAGUGGACGGUUCACAUUUGCAAACACUAUCAUCCCCUAUUUCCACGUCAGAUGCCACAGAGGCGGAUUGGCCACCCGUGCGAAGGCUAUACCUUACCAUGGCACCCAUCGGGACACACUUGUACUUCUUGGCAGGGUAUAGAAUGCCAGGUGAGAUCUCGAGAACGAGUUCCGCAGUCCACGUGUUUGACACAUCAGCAAAUGAAUACGGGUGGAGGAGCUUUGAGCCCAUGGAAGAGGAAGGAGAAAAAGAGCUUUGUAGCCACUGUUGUGUUGUUAGACAAACCUUGUAGCCGCAUACAACUUUGCUUAUGAUAAUUCAUUUUGAAAUGUCAUAGUUUUCUUGUUUUUAUUCGUUGCAUUUGUAAUAUAUAAUUUUGUUUUCUUUACAUUGUACACUGGGUUUAAUGAUAUUGAGCA